UGCAGGCGCACCGAAGGAACGUGGAAACUUGGUAGAAGCUCCCCAAGCGCCGGAGUUCUACAUACAUAUGACAACCCCUGCCCUUAUUCCUCCCACUAUGACUGCCGGAGAGGUGCAGGAAACACCACAGAGUCGCAGAGCCUCCCUCAGUCUAACGCGGAUAAACUGUCCACUGUUACCUGGUAUUCAGCCGGACCAAUAACCACCACAAACCAAACAUACAGAAUACUGGACAUCCUUCAAUCACGGUAUCACCCUGGUAAACAGUGUCGUUGCAACGUUGGUUCCUCGAACUCCAAGGGUCGGUCAGAGGAGGAAAACUUUGUGAGCAUCGUCGCCAUGGGUCGGGGACGGUGGCGGGGAAAAAGAUAAAAGGGCGACCUGCCCGCGAGUGAUCGACGACGGCUCAGCUGGGCUUAGCAGCGUUGCCAACGGAAGCCUCAGUCUCUACUCACUCUCGACUCGAGUCGGUCCAGCCGAACGCAAUGAAGGUUCAGCAGCACAGCCUGCUGGCCGCCGCCCUGGCGCUUGCCGGGGCACCGAGGGUGGACGCGGUCCUCCGCUUCUCGUGCUCGGAGCUCAUCACCGAGCGUCUGGAUCCCCUGGUCUUCCCGGGCGCCAACCCGUCGCCGCACCUGCACCAGAUCGUCGGCGGCAACAUGUUCAACGUGACCAUGGACCCGGCGCGGCACAACAUCGGCGAGGAGGCCACGUGCACGACGUGCACCUUCUCCGAGGACUUCUCCAACUACUGGACCGCCACGCUCUUCUUCCGCGCGCGCAACGGCAGCUUCAUCCGCGUGCCGCAGCGGCCCAACAUCGGCUUCGAGAGCGCCCGCGGCGGCGGCAUGACCGUGUACUACACGGCGAGCUACCAAAACCAAAAAGUCACCGCCUUCCAACCAGGCUUCCGCAUGAUCGUCGGCAACCCGACGUACCGCACGGCCGCCGAAGCCGCGCGCUACCGCCAGCUGACCUUCACCUGCCUGGACACGAUGGCGACGCGGACCGGCGAGACGACCGACAUGCCCGACCGGCCCUGCAAGGAGGGGAUCAUGGCCAACGUGCGCUUCCCGACCUGCUGGGACGGCAAGAACCUCGACUCGCCCGACCACGCCAGCCACGUGGCCUACCCGGCGGCCGGCACGUUCGAGAGCGGCGGGGCCUGUCCGGCCAGCCACCCGGUCAAGAUCCCGCAGCUGUUCUAUGAAGUGAUUUGGGACACGCGGGGGUUUAAUGAUAAGGCCAAUCUCUGGCCCGAGGACGGGUCGCAGCCGUUUGUGUGGUCGUAUGGUGAUUUCACGGGGUAUGGGACCCAUGGAGACUACGUCUUUGGGUGGAAGGGCGAUGCGCUCCAGCGGGCGAUGGACGCCAACUGUGAUGUCUACUGCCCCACGCUCAAGGAGCAGGGUAUUAGUGCUGGCAACCAGUGCAGGGUGGAUCGCCAUGUCAGUGAGAAUAUCGAUGGCUGGUUGAGUAGCCUGCCCGGGGGGGUUGAGAUUACCGGGCCGCAGCCGGGGACGGGGACGGGCGGUGGUAACAAUGGGGGUGGUAACAAUGGAGGUGGCAACGGGGGCGGAUCUUGCCAGGUUGCUAAGUGGGGCCAGUGCGGCGGCCAGGGCUAUACGGGCUGCACGACAUGUGCAGCGUCGACUUCGUGCACCCCCCAGAACCAGUGGUAA